AUGCCGGGCCCCGGCCCCGGCCAGCCGCCGCCUCCCGGGAGCAGCACGGCCGGGGCCCGGGGGCGGCUCGGCGCGCAGGCGGCGCGCAGGCGGCGCGGAGGAGGCGGUGUCUGGGGUCACCCGCGGCGGCGGCGGCGGCGGGGCCGGUCAGCACGCGGGCGGACUGGGCUCCUCGGCGGGCGGCCGCGUGCCGAGCCGGCGGCCGCCGUGCGGAUCCAUAGUCUGCGGAGACAAGCAGAGGAGACUAGGACGGGCGGCCGGGCCCCGAGCGCCCCGCGCGUCUUCCCGCUGCACGCGCGCGCGUGGGCCACCCGAUCUCCCCCGCGCACACGCACCAUCCCGGCCACGCUCGGUCCGGAGGAGCCUGAGGGAACCCGGCCGUACCGCUCGCCACUUCCCCUUCGCGGGUCCCUGCGGCGAGGGCGCCGCGGCGAAAGGCUGCUGGCUCCCCCUAACGGGACCAAGCCCCCACCCCGCAAUGCCGAGCUCGGACCCUGGGCCAGCUCCCGGAGCCCCAGGGGUCUACGUUCGCCGGCGGCGUCACCUGAGCCGCCACGCCGCAGUGCCCGGCCGGCCGUCCGGGAGCUUCCUAGCGAGGUUCAAACAAUCACCCCGCCCCCCGGUCGCUCGCUGAGCCGAGGCCGUUCUCCGCACGGCCCGGGGACAUGGGGUUUGCGACGCCGGGCUCGGCCGCAGGGCCGCGGACAACUGGCCCGGCCCAGGGCAACCUUCGUCAAUGCCCAGGUCCCAGCGGACCCCUGGCCUCCGUAG